ACUGAAGCAGCACCCACCUCUGAACGACACGCGGAGCAGGCGUUUGCUGCAGGGAUGUCGCCUCUUCUCACGGCGAAAAAUAGUCCUUUCUUGUCGGGAGAACAAACUCACCAUGGCUUUGAACCUGAUAUUUGCAUAAGAAUGAAGGUGAUAUGUUCUCUGUGGAGAGGAAAGAAGUUCCUCCCCUGGCUGUCGCUGCUGGGGGUCCUGUGCGGCUGCAACUACGUGGCUCAGUAUCUCCGUCGCCCGCUGCCGUGCCGCGCCCCGACGUUCUGCAAGUACAACGUGAGCUGCCCGGCCGUGUACGACCUGGACCCGGUGGAGUUGGAUAGGUCGCUGGUGAUCAGGAGGAAGGAAGUCGCGGAGGACCGGGACGAGACCCUGCGCGACCUCACGGCCGACUGCUCGCUCUUCCUUCGGCUCAGAGGCUACGACGAGGUGUGCGCCACCAAGCAGGAGAGACACUUCCAACUGGCGUACUCGCUAGUGGUGCACAAGUCCGCCUGGAUGGUGGAGCGGCUGAUCAGGGCGCUGUACUCGCCGAGUAACGUCUUCUGCAUCCACUACGACCAAAAGUCCCCCGCUACGUUUGGGUCGGCGAUGGAAGGUUUAGCUCGCUGCUUGCCCAACGUCUUCAUCGCCUCCAAGCGCGAGUACGUCAUUUACGCCGGCAUCAGUCGCCUGCAAGCCGACCUCAACUGCCUCUCCGACCUCCUGGAGGUGGACGUCCCCUGGAAGUACGUCAUCAACCUCUGCGGGCAGGACUUCCCCUUGAGGACCAACAUGGAGCUGGUGUCAGAGCUGGCCGGCCUUGGAGGCGCCAACAUGCUGGAGACGUGCCGACCCAGCGAGGUCAAGAAGUGGAGGUUCACCUACCACCACAAGCAGAAGAACUGGAAUCUGCCACAGAGAACGUGGCUGUCCAAGAGCGCCCCGCCUCACGGCAUCCAGAUGUUCACUGGCAGCGCCUACUUCGUGCUCUCGCGUGACUUCGUUGUCUACAUCAACUCCUCCGUCGUGGUCAAAGACUUUCUGGCCUGGUGUAAGGACACGUACUCGCCCGACGAACACUUCUGGGCCACACUGGUGAGACUGCCGGGCGCACCGGGCGAGGUGCCCAGGGGCGAGCCGGACAUCACCGACCUGAUGAGCAAGACCCGUGCGGUCAAGUGGCAAUCCCACGAGAAGAAGCUCUCUUACCCGCCCUGCACGGGGAAACACGUUCGCGGCGUUUGCAUCUACGGCGCGGCCGAAGUGCGCUGGUUGCUCGACAGCGGCUGUUGGUUCGCCAACAAGUUUGACCCCAACGUGGACCCGGUGGCCUACCAGUGCCUGGAGGAGAUACUGCAGCAAAGGCAAUCAAACGCAACGUCCAUUUGUGACUAAAGAAAUCAACUUUGAAGGCUUUUUUUCACGCCACAAAAGAAGCACAAGUGACUCCUUUGGUGUCCCACAGGGCUCAAUCUGCAGCCCACUGUUGAUUUUCUCAUUUCCUUCAUCAUCACUCACAUGCACAUACAUACAGAGGAGCCAGGUGAAUAAACACUAUCACAGGAGCCUUCAGAAAAAGUUGAGUCCUACAAAGAUUUUAUACUACUGUUUACAAACAAGAGUUGUGUUUUUCACUACCGAAUUUGGAGGCGCUGGAAUCGCCGCGUGGAAUCACUAAUGCUAAUCAGUAGCAUGUAUGUAGCAUAUUCAAGGUAAUUAGCAUUGAACUGGCGUUUUAAAAUAUGCAAUUUUUUUUAUUUUAACAGGCAUGCUUGCAUUGUUGGCAUGGAAAAUUGUUACGUUACCUCGAGGAAGUCCACCACAAAUACGCCUGUUUGCCCACCAAGUGUUUGAACCGGUGCUAAGUUUAUAACCGGACAUGGUACUGUUUGA